GUGAUUUUAGACAUUGGGAAAUGGUGGAAUCAUAUGAGCAGCAUGGUGAUGAAAAUGAUGGGCAUGUUCCAUAUGUACCUUCUGGUGACAGAAUUAUGGAGGAUAUGCGGGAUUCUAUCACUACAGAGAUGGCUGAAGGAACGAGACUUCCAUAUUAACAGCUCCCGGUAUUUCAAUGUUAUGAUUCUUGGACCUACACAAUCACCUUAUGAAGGAGUUGGGUUUGAAUCGAGAAGCAAAUACUUGUUUGGUAAAGUCUCUAUCUAGAUUAAGCAAAUCGAGGAACAAAACCAAUCUCUUCUUGCUCUGUUUUAAGACACUGCUUUGAUUAUUAUGUCCCUAAUCUUACAUUAUGAAUGUAUUUCACUAAAGCAGUGACAUUGGUUGGUUU